AUGGCGUCUUCUUCAUCCCAGCAGCAAAAUCAAGGAUCUAAUGCUUUUCUUGAGAUAGAAUCUGAUAGCACAAGAAGAAAGGUUUGUGAAUCCUCAAGAUUGCAUGAUGUAUUCAUCAACCACAGAGGCCCCGAUGUCAAAACAACUCUUGCUUCUCAGCUUUACAACUCCCUUAAGAAGGCUGGUAUACGGGCAUUUCUUGAUUCGGAAGAGAAGGAACUUGGAGUUUCAUUUCCUUCUACCAUUGAGACUGCGAUUAAAUCUGCUAAAGUGCAUGUCGCCAUUUUUUCUAAAAGAUAUGCUGAGUCACCUUGGUGUCUAGCUGAGCUAGUUCUUAUGUUACAAACUAAGGCCAGGAUUAUUCCUGUGUUUUAUCAAGUGAAACCGUCAGAUCUCCGCUUCAUAGAAAAGGGGGACUAUCCCAAAGCAUUCGCUAAAUAUGUAAACAAGAAGAGGUACAUAGAGAAGCUUUCAGAGUGGAAGGAAGCACUUCAAUCCCUUUCAUUUGUGGCUGGGGAAGAAUUUAAAGGUGACUGCAAAAACAUAAUAGCAGCAGUGCGAAUGGAAAUACAAAAGAAAAUAUGUUUACAUGUUGCCAAAUAUCCAGUAGGGCUUGACGACCUUGUGCAAGAUUUUGAAAGGCGAUGCCUUAAUGAGCUUGUAUUAGAUUUUGAAAACCAGUGUGGGCUUGAAGAAGGGAAGCAUAAGGCUAAGGGUGUUGGCAUUUUUGGCAUGGGAGGUGCGGGGAAGACAACUCUCGCCAAGGAGUUGUUUAAUCUAAAGUGUUCAAAUUAUUCCAGAGUAAGUUUUUUGUUUGAUGUGCGAGAAGGCUUUGAGAGAAGGCAAUUACCUUUUUUGCAACUUAAGCUUCUUAACGAUCUUUUUCAAGAUCGUAGUCCCAGUUUUAUAAGUACAGAAGAAGGAACAAGCUAUCUCAAAGAUCGUAUUCAGAGGAGUCCAUCUUCAAGCUUUCUAAUUGUUGUGGAUGACAUCGAUCAUGUGGAGCAGCUAAAUGCUCUAAUGAUUAUGGAUAUCUUAAAUAAAUUUGACAAUACUCUGGUUAUUGUUACAACUCGUAAUGUUGGGGUGCUUAUAAAUGCAGGGAUUACUUCCGGUUACCAUUUAAAAGGAGUGGAUAGAAAUAAUGGGAGACAACUCUUCUGUUGGCAUGCCUUCGGAAAACCCCAUUCAUCUAGUGGGUACGGGGCACUGGUUGAUGCCUUUGUAGACAUGUGUGGAGGAUUACCUCUGUCUCUUCGGGUUUUGGGUCGGCAUGUUCAUGGUAAACCUCACAGUUUUUGGAGGUCAGCAUUGGUUGAAGCCAAAAGGACGCUGGCACGAGAUGUAAAGCAGACACUGAGAAUAAGUUUUGACGCAUUGGGUGGUGAAGAAAAACAAGUUUUUAUGGAUAUAGCUUGUUUUUUUGUUGGCAGGCUAAGGAGUAUCGCUGAAAGAGUAUGGGAGGGUUCAGGAUGGAACGCUCGACAUGCACUUGAAACCCUCAAAGAUAAGUGUCUGGUAGAAGAAACAGAAAUUGUGAGCCUGAAUGAGGCCCUGCAUGUACAUAAGGAACUUGAAUUGAGAAUGCAUGACCACCUAAGGGACUUGGGAAGAGAAAUGGCAUUUGAACUCCACACUCCUCUUCGCUGGUGGCGUCGUCAAGAUCUGGAAUAUUUGGAAUCAAUGGUUUUCAAAAAUAUCCUGGCCAAAGCUAAUGUCAGGUGUUUCCAUUCUAUUUUCGAUGAGUCCAUGAGUUGUCAAGUUACAUUCUUUCUAGGCCAAUCAAAUAUUUGUGUUGGGAGGCCAGCUUCCUUACUAUGGCUCGAGCUUGAGUUCAAAUCCACAGAACAAAUAUACAUUCCGUCAUGGGUUUUUCAACAAAAUGUGCAUUGUUUGAAAAUCAAACGAGAAAGACUCGAAACAUUUUGGGAGAAUGGCAUGCAGGCGCCCACCCAGUUGAAGGAACUGCACAUUUAUGAAACCUUUUUGGAAAAGAUUCCAGAUAUGUCAGGAAUAUCAAACAAUUUAGGAAAGGUGGUCUUAGAUGCCUAUGGAUGGCCAAUUCAGGGUUUAUCUUUAUUAGAAUCUCUCAAUAUGAAUCUUUGUAGUCUGAGUCUCAGGUCUUCCACAUUAGUAGGGGCACAGGCUUCCACUAAAACGGAAGUGGGGAUAACUUGUGAAUCUUUGGUUAUAUGGAAUUUCAAAUUUAGCCAGGAAGUGGCUUGGAACAAUGGAGGAAUGUCUAGCAGUGUUAGAGCUCCCAUGGGUGGUCUUGAAAAGCUAGAGAUUAGUUGUGAAAAAUUGGUAUCCAAGAUCUUAAUUAGUGGAAUUCACUAUCCAAGCCUUGAGUCUAUCAAACUUCAUUGUAUGGUAAGUCUUACGGAAGUGGAUUUAAUAAGUACAAAUAUAUUAAUCUCUCUUGAUAUUACAAAUUGUAAAUAUUUGACAAGUGUGUCAGGACUGUGUAAUCUUGCAAAGCUUGUGCGGUUGAAUAUCAGUGAAUGCCCGGAGCUUGAGGAGCUAAGUCUUGGCCAUCUGAGCUGUCUGGAAAGGAUGACAAUUGUAGAUUGUAAGCAUUUGAAGAGUGUGUCAGGAAGUUAUGACAUUUUCAGUAGGGUGUCCGGAGUAGACGGAAUAAAUAAUCUUGCAAAGCUUGUGGAACUUGAAAUUUCUGAUUGUGGGAAGCUGGAGUUUGAGUGCUUGCGUCUCAGCGGUAUGAGAUGUCUGGAGGCGAUAAUAUUUGACAAAAAUAUGAAGGUGAGACAUUUAGAGUUGAAUGAUUGUCAAAAUCUAAAAACAAUAGAGUAUGGGUGUAAAAAGAUCGCAAGCUUUUGCUCUUUUGACUAUCUGGAGCUUGAGAAGUUGCUAGUUUUUGUACAUUCAAUUUGCCUGGUGGCAGUUAUAAUCAAUGGAUGUGGGGAGUUCAAAUAUCUUCAAUUGAUCGAUUGUCAAAAUUUGAAAAGCGUGUCAGGUAAAUUGGAGAUUGGAGGGUUGUACAUUGAUGAGUGUCCUAAGCUCGAGGAGUUGCCAAGAUUUUCCAGCCUUAGCCGCGUGGAACAAAUUCACAUUGAAUCUUGUGGAAAGUUACAGAACAUUACGUUGCCAACAAGUCCGAGCAGUCUGUAUGUAACAAGUUGCUCAGAUUUGCAAAGGAUAUCAACAACCGGUGAUCUUACAAUGCUGACAGAGUUGUACAUUAAUCAGUGUCCUGAGCUUGAGGAGCUGCCAAGUCUUUCCAGCCUCAGCUGCGUGGAGAAAAUUAGCAUUCAAUCUUGUGGAAAGUUAAAGUUACAGAACAUUAUGUUGCCAACAAGUCUGACUAGUCUGUGUGUAAGCAGUUGCUCAGAUUUGCAAAGGAUAUCAGCAACCGGUGAUCUUACAAUGCUGACAGAGUUGUACAUUAUUGGGUGUCCUGAGCUUGCGGAGCUGCCAAGUCUUUCCAACCUCAGCUGCGUGGAGAAAAUUAGCAUUCAAUCUUGUGGAAAGCUAAAGUUACAGAACAUUAUGUUGCCAACAAGUCUGACUAGUCUGUAUGUAAGAAGUUGCACAGAUUUGCAAAGGGUAUCAACAACCAGUGAUGUUACAAAGCUGACAGUGUUGUACAUUACUGAGUGUCCCGAGCUUGAGGAGCUGCCUAACUUUUCCAGCCUGAACUGCAUGGAGGAUAUUUACAUCAAAUCUUGUGGAAAGUUACAGAACAUUAUGCUGCCAAAAAGACUCUGCUUGAAGGAAAUUAAGAUUGACUCUUCUGAGAAGCUGCAGUACAUGGCAGGCAUUGAAGAAUUGUAUGUAACAAGAUAUGUGAGACUUAGGUAUUGUAGCAAUGCAUUAGUACGGAAUUGCAUUGAUAAAUUGAAGAGCAGUGGAUGGAGCGGAGUCAAGUUUAACGAACAUCUGUUUCUUGAUGCAGCUGAUAUUGCCGCCGAUGCAGUCACCGACAUUGUUAAGUUUGACGCUGAAAACAAUGAAGAAUGCAAAGCACUGAGAGAUAUUUUAUGCUGCGUAAUUGUGGUUGAUAGCUCUUCCUCCCUUGAGCAUAUAAAUGAAUCACUUGAAUGGUACAGUUCUUACCUUAAAGUGCGUCAAGGAGAAUGGAUAAUAACAAUGGUAGGACAUUAUUUGGAUAGAGUUUUUGAAAUGGGGGAGGUGGGAGCGAAGGCGGGAGAGAGGGUUUCUGGAGAAGCCGGUGGUGGGGACGAUGAAGCAGAUGAAGACGAUGAGUUUGUGGCUGCUCUCCCCCUUCUAUUGGGUCGUUCUUCUUUGGGUUUGUCUUGGGUAGUGGGGGUUGGUGAUGGGAUUUCUUUUCUCAUCGUGGAGGAGAUCUCUUCUUUAAUUUCUUUGAGUGGGAGCGGUGAUUUGCGUGUUGGGGGAAGGGUUUCUUGCGAGGUUGUCGGAGAUGUGAAGGCGAUUGAAGCUGCGGAUGCGGAUGGGGUUGUGGUUGGGGUUGGAGAGCUGCUAUCGGAGGUGGAUGUGGUUUGCUCCACCUCAGUUUUCCCUUUAGAGGUGGCUUUGUCUUUCAUUGAGGUGGAGAUGGCUGGUUUUGGAAAUAACCUCUCUCCUAUUGAGGUGGAGAAGGAUGCUAUGGUUUCUAUUGGUAGGUGUUGGUGGGAGGCUAUGGGUGCUCUGUUUUGUGGAUGGCUUGGUUCUGAGAUUCACAAUUUGAUCAAUAAAGUUGGUGUCAAAUAUAUGAACAACAUCAAUAAUGUGGAGGAUGAGAUAAAUGAGCUCAAAGAAUGGGUUCUUAGCCUGGAAGAAAUAAAUGAAGAUUAUAAAGAAAAAUUUGAUAAUCUCUUUGAGGCUUUUAGUUCUCUCUGUGAAAUCACUGAUGGAGUGAUGAAGAAGGCAGUUAUGGGAGUGGUGUCUGGGCAAAGAAAAAUAAAGAAGAAAAAAAGGAAGCUAACUAAACAUGGGAAGAAAGAGGUGGACGUGGAAGGUGAGGAAGACAUGCAUGAGGACACUUGGGCCAUCCAGGUUGAUAGGCUGAAGUGCAAUUGGAACCUGAUUAAUAAUGAUUAG